AUGAAAAGAGAAAAACCAAAAGAUUUUUGUUGGAGAAAUACAGAAAAUAUUCUUCUACAUAGUUAUGAAAAGCUGUUGUUUAAAACAAACUUCAAACUAGAAAAAUCUCUUAUUGCCCAAGGAUGUGGCUUUUCAAUAUCAUUUAAAGAGAACGAGAAAUUCUUAUCUCUUGAUAUAUGUUCAAAAGAAAAGUAA